GUUCACGGCCCAAGCGGCAGCCACCGGCUUCAGCAGCCCGCUUCAAUACUCCACCGACCCGGCCACGGGAUUCCCCUCCUACAUGGUGGGUAACUGACGAGCGAGCGAGCGAGCGAGCGACCCGCCUCGGCGCCAUCCUUCACCAUCGCAGCCGCCUCCUCCAUCUUCUUCCUCCUCCUCCUCCUCCUCCUCCUCAUCCAUCGCUCCCCCCACUCGAAUCUCCGAGACCAUCUGGGCUAGGCUGGGGGGGAUCGUGUGAAUGUACCCCGCGCUAAGCUCCCCGUGUGAACCGAGGAAAGGAGGGAACAGCUGUCUUUCCCUCGUCGGCUUUCUCUUUCUUUCUUUCUUUCUUUCUUUCUUUCUUUCUUUCUUUCUUUCUUUCUUUCUUUCUUUUUUGUUCUUCGCUUAUGGCACCUUUCGCUGCUUUUCUACUUUUCCUUUUCUUUGUAUCCCCGCGUUUUUAAAAACUUCCUCCUCCCUUUCCCUUUGUAAUUUCUUUUUCCUCCUUGGAUUCUGCUCCCCCCCACUUUCUGUGUUACGUUUCCCACGACUUUCCUGUUAAGUUUUUUUCCUCCUCCUUCUCUAAUUUGCCUCUUUUGUCUCCACUUUUACUCCCGAUUGUGUAAUUUAGAGUGCCGACCUUUCGCUGGUUUAAAGGAGCCCAAGCCGGGCGUGUGCGUGUGUGUGCGCGCGCGUGUGUAUGUGUGUCUGUAUGUGCGUGUGUCCUCGCGCUCCCACUUCUUUUCGCGCAGCUUCGGGCAGAUACCCACCACUUCCCGGUUUGCUGCGAAGUAUGUUAAUGUCGGGCGUUCGUGCGUAUUUUGUAGCUAUUGCAAACCGAUGAAGGAUUAAAGAUAGCAGAGCCAAUUGGUCCUGGGAAAGUGGGGCGAAGGGGCUCUCCUUACGACGCCCACACGACGGGCAUGAGCGGGGCCAUCAGCUACCAUCCCUACGGCAGCCCAGCCUACCCCUACCAGCUAAAUGACCCGGCCUACCGGAAGAACGCCACGCGAGACGCCACGGCCACGCUGAAGGCCUGGCUGCAGGAGCACCGCAAGAACCCGUACCCGACUAAAGGCGAGAAGAUCAUGCUGGCCAUCAUCACUAAGAUGACCCUCACGCAGGUCUCCACCUGGUUCGCCAACGCCCGCAGGAGGCUCAAGAAAGAGAACAAGAUGACUUGGGCGCCCCGCAACAAGAGCGAGGAUGAGGACGAGGACCUGGAAGGGGAGGGCGGCGGGAUCCGGAGCAAGGAGGAGAGCGGCUCGGACAAAGGACGGGACAGCAACGAAACGUCGGCGGAGGAUGAAGGGAUUAGCUUGCAGGUGGAUUCCCUCACCGACCAUUCCUGCUCGGCCGAAUCGGACGGGGAGAAAGGCCCGUGCAGGGCGGGAGACCCGCUCUGCGAGUCAGGCUCGGAGUGUAAGGACAAGUACGAGGAGCUCGAGGAAGACGACGACGAAGAGGACGUGGACGACGAUGAGGAGGAGGAAGAGGACGAGGCGGGCAGAGGCCUCCCCCCCAAGCCCGUCACCUCCUCCCCUCUCACUGGGGUAGAAGCCCCGCUCCUGGGCCACCCUCACGGCCAGGAUUCUGCCAGAAACGCCGCCAAAGGUGCUCUGGACGCGCGGAUCUCACCUUCGGUGGCUUCCCAGACCACGCAAGCCAGCAAGCCCAAGCUCUGGUCUCUGGCGGAAAUCGCCACCUCGGACCUUAAGCAUCAUCCGCACCCGCAUCCCCACAGCCUGGGCCAGAGCUGCCCGCCCUCGGGCCCACCGCCUUCCACCCCGCACAACGCUGCCUACUCGCCUUCUUCGCUCUUGGGGAGGCAUAUUUAUUACACGUCGCCUUUUUAUAGCAAUUACACAAACUACGGGAACUUCAACGCCCUCCAGGGACAGGGCAUCUUGAGGUACAACUCGGCCGCCGUGGCCUCCAACGAGGGACUCAACCAAGCGGUCUUAACUGGCGGCGGCGGCGGCGGCGCGGCUCUGAAGGCGGCCUCGGAAAACUCGCUGAAAAGCAUCGCAGGCCACCUCGAACAGCAUUACAAGCCCCCCAGUUCCGAGCCCAAGAAAGACCCCACUGAAAUGUGCACAGUAGGAGUUCAACCGUACCUAUAGAAGGGCAAUCACACAGCAGCCAGGCAAGUAGGUGUCACAAUUGCUUUGAGAAAAAGUCAACAAGCCAUCAUCUCUCCCCCAGCUAAUCUAUCUAUCUCUAUCUGUAACUCUAACAAAACUCUAAACCCGGAUCACAUCUUGUGCCACUGUAUAAAAGAAGACCACAGAGCACCCUUAGAUCUACAGACUCUCUCUAAUUAUUGAACGAGAAUUUCGUUGGACAUUAAUGUGCGUUUCCUGGUAUAGUCUAGUUUCCCUAAUGUAUGUGUGAUUAAAAAAAAAAAGGAAAACAAAAACAAAAAACGGAAAUCUGUUUUUUUCUCAGGAUAUCUUGACUUGAUCACGUCAUUGCCACGGUAUAUACAUAUAUACAUACCUAUAUAUCUAUAUCCUGUAGGUGUGAUAGGACUUAUUGUACAAACUCUUUGUAAAAGAUACAGACAGUAGAGAUUAAUUAAAGAAACUGCAAGUACUUACAAAAUGAAACAUAUUUGAUAUUUAUUUUUGUAAUGACAUGAAAUCUUCUAGUAAUUUAUGCAAGUUGUAUUGCAAUGGAAUCCCAAGUCUUUUGUAAAUAAAUUAUGCCUGGUUUUUAUUUGAAACAUUGAUGGUUAUACAAUCCCUUGUUGUUUAACAAGAAUUCUUUACUAAUUUAUAUCUAUAAUUGUAAAUAAAACAGAUUAGUCUACCACAA